CGCCAAACGCGUGCCGUCGUAUGUGCUCAUUAUAACACACAAGCAAACGUCGAUACACGUAUACGGCCUUAACUCCUGAUGAGCGACUCGUCAUCUACCGCGACCGCUAGACAGACGAUAGGACACACAGAUCCACUGAGCAUGAGUGCAAACUUGCCCGCGUUCAAACUCAAUUGGUGCAGUUGCUCGUGUUCAUUUUUCGUACACACCACUCCACAUUCGUGAUCUCGUCUGCUCUCCCGAAGGUACCAACUACCCUACUCUUCUUUACGUCACCGCUCUUCCCAAUCUAAAUUGCCUGAUCUUCCACCUUCACUUCUGUGUGUUCGUUUGGACAACGCUAUUAUUGCUUGCAACGCGCUUACCCCAUGUCAUGCGUUUGGUGGUAUCAUCUUCGUGACGGCGGAUCUAAUCACAAACAGCUCCGCUGCAUCCGUCACAUUUGAGAGUCCUUCCAGGCCGCUCCAGUGGACCGAAGUUGACUUCUCUCUCCGCCUAUUCUAUUAUGGAGGACUCGGCUGAAGCAUCAUUUCUUUCUGAGGAACGUGAUUCUUUAACUUCGAUAGCCGGAGACGCUUUGGUAGAAGCCCAGAAGAAGCUAUCUUGUGACGGUAUGAACUUGAGAAUUAUCAACUCCCAUGGCAAUUCUUCUUCGCCCGGCCUCAUGGAAGCUCCGCCAACAGAACUGCCCUUUUUCUCAUUACCUUUGUUGACGAGCACAGCAUGCAGCUCACCCAUAUCUCCAAGUGCACGAACGUCGACCUUAGCUGCGGACUCGCUGAUCGCUCCUUCACAAUAUUUAGUUUCUCAUGAAAGUAUGUCGGUCGAACCAGCUAACUGCUCUCCAUUAGAUUCGCAUACUGUCUCCCCUGUACAUUCAUUCCCAAGUGCCUCACCAAGCAACUCUUCCAUCGUCGGUUUACCAACAGCAACAGCCAGCCCGAUACCAGUUAGGCGUCCUCGUCACAAGCCUGGAGAACGACGUGAAUUACUCACUCGUGCUGUGGAAGACGUGUUAAAGUUGAACAUUUCCAUGCGUCGAGCUGCUCAAAAAUAUAAUCUGGCCAAGUCUUCUUUGUGUGACUUUGUGCGCAAAAACAAGAUUUCAUUGCCAAACUUACGAUUUAAACCCAGCGUUUUGGAGAUGAGCAGCUCCUCUGGAUCGCGGUCGUGUGUAACGGGCUUCAAACGCGCCUGCCCUGAUGACAAUGAACUACCCGUAACCCCAUCUAGUCCAUCAAAACUGACCUGUGGGAUCGGACGAAAGCAUUCUUUUGUGCAUACAGAUUCGGCGCUGUCCACUACGGCUUCAUUGCCGUUGAUUGCCUCAGUUGGUUGCGACAUUGGCUAUGAGCAGAUCGUGUCUUCUGGAUUUUACGAUUCAACGGAUUCAGUGGACUCUUGUCCCCAUACUGCACCUUACAAUGCAAUCCCAGUUUCAGCUGAUGUUGGCUGCACCCAACCUCGCUGUAUUCCUCAUUCUGUCAUCAGCGGGCUUCCUGGUCGCACUUCGACGUUACUUUCCUUUUCCAAGCCAUCUCGUAUUGAAAGCCCUUGGCACAAUUCAGCUGGCCUCCCCACCCAAGUCCCAUUGCGCUCUUGGAGUGCACAUAACACACAUAAUUUGACCGGUGCGGGGUUGGGCAGCAUAUCUGGUUGCCUCGACCGGAAGUUCCCUUUCAACUCGAUGCAUCAGCUCAGGCAAACAGUCGAGUCACAUGGUCUCAUUUCUGAAUCCGGUUCGCGUCCGCUUUCUGAUGGUUCAUUUGCUCCCACGAGUGGCCCCUCCAGAGACGGCAGCGACCACUCAACCCAUUUUGGCUCCGCGAAUGAAAUCAAUUCUCACUCUGGUGACACCGCUUCUAGGGGACAUACAGCGCCUCCGGAUUCUUUUGGUAGCCGCACAUCACCGGUGGGUUUCAUGCCCAUCGCCGAACCCCAUGCUCUUUCAGAUAAACUUCCUGCGCUGAAUUAUUCAUCUAACAGUGGGUGCAUGUUCAUGGGAACAUCGCGAGACACAUCUCAUAAUCCAAGAAAAGAUACAUUCACGUCCUCAUCAUAUUGUUCCAGAGUUGACACGAACUCUUCGGCUAGUUUUCGAUCCACAGCUCUUCCAGCGGAUUUCAGCACUCACACCUAUCCACCCUCUUCAACUUAUUCCGCCAGUCCCGUCAUUUCAUGUGCCAAUGGAUUCAACUCCAUUGUCGGCCGAAAUGAUAACAACCUUUUCCUUCGAACAACGGAUCUUCGUUUGCCGUUUACAUCGUCUGAUCCAAAGCCAAACUCACAACCAAGCCUCGCCUCUUCCACCGAUGGGCCCACUUUUGUUCCAUUAUCCCCGACGAAACCAAACACUAGCAGUUGUACGAUUCCCAGUUUGCUCAUUCCUCCUUGCUCAUCACUUGCCUCUAUACUUUCAGCAGAUAUCUCUUCUCUGCAGCAGACUGCUCUAGCAACUCUUUUAUUCCAACACUCACAUAAUGUCGGUCCCACUCCUACUUCUCUCUUCCGUUUGCCGAACCUGAUGGGGUGUCCCACUAAUCUGUCCCAUUCUAUCCACACUGCUGGUGCCGAUGAUGUAGUUGGCCAUGCAACACCUCUCAUUCCUGAUUUCGUCCCAACCCAAGCCACCAUCCCAGCCCCAUCGCACCUCAGUACCACACGUCUUUCAACCGGACAACCUCAAACACUGCCUACUGUUGCUUCUGUUUGGAACAAACUUAGCGGAGUGCUUUCUGCCGCCGAUUUGCUACAGCAGUUAGGCCUGGAUGAAAUUCAGCAAUUUGUUUACCGGCAAGCAAACUCUCAAUUCUCAAGUGUUCACAACCCAUCGCCGUCUGUCUUGGCCUCUUCCCUAGCUGCCCAACUUCUUCCUCACUUAUCUAGCCAGUCCCUCAAUCAUUCAUUUCGCCCCUUGAUUACCAGUCUUCUCGGUUCGCUCAAUCAAAAAGCUCAAGAUCCUUCGUCUUCUACCACACGGGCCGUUAAUCUGAACCCUCCAGUAUCGAGUUUUGACCCCUCCGCAAACGGUAACUUGUCACCAGAAGAAGUUACCGCUACAUUCAUCAUUAAUACUGCUCCAAACAUGAACAAACCCAAUCCAUAUACUCAAGGUCUUGUAGAUUUUAUUAACAAAUCUCCUUCUCCGUUUCACGCUGUUCAUGCUGCAUGCGGCAUUUUGACUUCCAGUGGCUUUCGAGAGCUCAGCGAGUCUGAGCCCUGGAAGUUAAGACCCAUGGACUGCGUGUUUGUGAAGAAGAAUGGCUCCACAAUACUCGCUGCUGCCGUGGGUGGAAAAUUUAAGCCGGGCAACGGCCUUCAUCUCAUCGGCGCUCACACAGAUAGUCCGUGUCUCCGAUUGAAGCCAGUUUGUGACCGUACAAAGGAAGGCUAUGUGCAGUUGGGUGUGGAGACAUACGGUGGCGGGUUAUGGUACACUUGGUUCGACCGAGAACUCAAGGUAGCCGGCCGCGCCGUGAUGGCAAAUUCCACCGGAAGAUUGGAAGAACAUCUGGUCCACAUUGACCGCCCCAUUGCAUGUGUCCCCAGCUUGGCAAUUCAUUUGAAUAGAGAAAUAAAAACUCAAGGAUUCAAUCCAAACUCAGAACAACAUUUGCUUCCUGUCCUCUGCACCUCGCUAAUGGAUCAGUUAAACACUGCAGAGGACGGGUCGACAAUGGAUCCAGUGCCGCCCAUUCUAGACGGAAGCCGACUCACUGCCACUGCCUCUUGUGGUAAACGCCGUUAUCCGACCGGUCUGCUACGUGCGAUUACCGAUCAACUGGGUAUCCCAUAUCAGGUAGAAUCACUUGAAUUGGAGCUCUAUCUGGCGGACUAUCAACCGGCUCGUAUCGGUGGUCUACACAACGAAUUUAUCCACGCCCCUCGCUUGGACAAUUUGUUCAAUUCGUACACCAGCUUGAGUGGGUUAGUUGCGUCGUUACCUACUCUGUCGGAGGACACCUGCCUACGUGUCGUAUGUUUGUAUGAUCACGAAGAGAUUGGCUCUACCUCUACUCAGGGAGCUAAUUCGUGUCAUACAAUGAAUAUCCUUCGACGAAUUACCAACGCUUUGGCCGGCGGUAAAUCCGCGUUUGAAGGGUUAUCUGACGAGGACUCAGUCACCAUUUCUGACAGUCACUUUGAGGAAUCUCUGAGCAAAUCUUUCCUCUUGUCAGCGGACCAGUCGCAUGCGGUGCACCCUUCUUAUCACGACCGCCACGAAGUCAACCAUAAACCUCAAUUCCAUUGUGGUAUUGUGUUAAAGUAUAACACAAAUCAACGCUAUGCCACAAACGCUUUGACCGCUGCUGCUGUACGAGAGAUUGCUCGCUUUGCGGAAGUUCCAGUUCAGGAAUUCACGAAUCGUCAGGACGUGCAGUGUGGUUCGACCAUCGGGCCUCUGCUGUCCGCCCAACUGGGCGUGCCAACUGCGGAUGUGGGUUUCGCGCAGCUGGCGAUGCAUUCUUGCCGCGAGUUGUGCUGCACCACAAGUGUAGGGCAAGCAGUGCGCUUCUACUCUGCCUUCUUCGAACACAUGCCCAAAUUGUGGCCUCCCUGUUAAACAACGGACCCACUUCAACUCCGAACACUGCCCCUGCAUUCCUUUAACAUUUUAUGCGUAACUCGCAACCUGGUCCAUCAACCUUACCGUUCGCAGGUCGUUUUAUAUUCCAUCCCUGCUGUUCAUUGACCUAGUAAUUUAGAGGUUAUUUUAACACGGGAUUAUUAUCUCUCUCAUUUGAACUUCCUGUCCAAUAGCCAGUACAUGCCGAAGUCUUUCUGACCACUGUUCUCUGUUACUCUUUGCUCAAUUGGCGCUUUUCACUCCAUCCAACGUGUGUGUACCCUUUAUCUAUGGAUUAUUCUUGUCGCCACUAUUCUCUACUAUAUUUUUCUUCUUCAGUUAACAACCGAUCAUCAUUUAACAUAGAGAAUUUUUUGCAGCUGUUCGUCGUUUUUUUGUUACUUUUUUACCAGCUCAUCUCUAACAUCCCAUCCGAGCAUGUUUAUGCGCAUGAUUCUCCAACGCUAAACUAGUGAUGCUUAUUUUUGGGGCCAUCCGGGCUCCAAAAAGGAGUAUUCAUGUUAAUCUCCAGUUGAGACCGGACGUACGUUAUUCUACUUGAAUGGCAAAUUGCUGUCCAAAUUUUUAUGUGCGUAUCUGCUGUACUUCUCUUUAUUCAUCGUGCUCCGGCCUUCAUCUUUACUGAUAGAUGUGAUAGAUGUGUCUCAGC